AACACCGGAACAGAAUCAAAUAUUUCUGAAUUUUUGCCGAAAAGAUGUAAAAGAUAUGAGAUCAAGGAAGAAUGAAUCCUGACAACCCAGAAAUUUCACUUUCAGAUGAAGAAAGGAUACAACUGAAUGAGUUUGAUAGUCGAGAUUUUGGAUUUGUAAAGCUGAAUCUUCCAGAAGAAGCAACUAAAAGAGCAGUUGUAGAAAAGGGUAUAAAGUAUUAUGAGCAGUUAAUAAGACAGAAAAUAAAGAAAGGAACAGAUACUACAGAGUCUGAUGUAGAUCCAAAUGUCUAUUGUAGUCUGGGGCACCUGUUACUUCUUCUAGAGCAGUAUCCUAAAGCUCUAUCAGCCUACCAAAGAUUUUACCAUCUACAGCCAGACCACUGGAAGAAUGCAUCGUUCCUGUAUGGCCUUGGAUUGGUAUACUUCCAUUUUAAUGUCUUCCAUCUGGCCACACGAGCAUUUCAACAAGUAUUGUAUACAGAUCCAGGUUUUAGUAGAGCUAAUGAAAUCAGAAUACGUCUUGGAUUGAUGUGUAAAACCUCAACAGAUUAUGAAGUCAGUUUAAAGCAUUUUAAACAAGCACUUACAGACUCAAGCCCUUGUUCUUUGUCUAAAGCACAAAUACAACUGCAUAUUGCACAUUUGUUGGAAGUUCAGGGUAAAAUCAAACAAGCUAAGGAGGCUUAUGAACAGUUCAUUACUCCCGAAGAUUUAGAUAAAUCAGUGAAAGCUACUGCUUUAAAACAACUAGGUUGGUUAUACCAUACAUCAGAUCAACUUGGAGACAAGAAAUCUAGAGAGGCAUCUGCAGUUCUAUAUCUCAAUAAAUCACUAGAGUGUGAUCCAACUAACGGACAAACCUGGUAUCUUCUUGGGAGGUGUUUUUCUGCCCUAGGAAAAGUACACGAUGCUUUCGUUUCCUACCGUAACUCUAUUGACAAAUCAGAAGCUAGUGCUGACACCUGGUGCUCAAUAGGAGUACUUUAUCAGCAACAGAACCAGCCUAUGGACGCUCUGCAAGCCUAUAUUUGUGCUGUACAGCUUGAUAAAUCUCACACUGCAGCAUGGACUGAUCUGGGAAUUCUCUAUGAAACUUGUAAUCAACCUAAGGACGCUUACACCUGUUACAUAAAUGGUACUAGAAAUAAAGGGGGAGUUAACUCUGCUUUAGCAUCAAAAAUAAAGUUUCUUCAGCAACAUUUAGAUAGUGUUCCUAUACAACAUUUACAGAAUAGGCCUAAAACCUUGCCAAGUAUAGAAGAAGCGUGGACAUUACCUAUUCCAGCAGAAUUAACAUCAAGACAGGGAGCUGGACCCAUUACACAGCAUCCCUUGGCAAAGGGCCCAAUGAUGCCAGCUCAGCCUCCUCAGUCCAAUAUGCCACAGUCUUCUCUGUCCCCUGGACCCCAGGGGGUGAUGCCUACUGGUCAGAUGUUUGAUGAUAAGAAAAAGAAGCCUCAAGGCAGGAAAAGACCCCAUGAUGAUUUCCAUCCACCCUCACCAGUGACCUUCACUAAUGAACAGAUGCAGCUUCUACAGAAUUUGCAACAGAAUCGAAUGUCCUUAGAUCCUACUCAACUUAAUCUCUUACAUCAGCUACAUACACAGUAUCAAUUGUUUAAAGCAUAUCAAAUGAAAAUGCAACAACUAAAUCAACAGGACACUAAUCCUAGUAAAGUUGCUGCUUUAUCAGGGGAACCAGAAACUCAACGAUUUCCUAAACCAAACAUCUCGUGUGGUCAAGACAUGCUCAAUGGAGUGCCUUCUGUAAAUCAGCAUUCCUCAAGUGACACUCAGGGCAUCAAUGUUACGUCCAGGUCGCACACAUCGAGUGGAACUUCAUUGUCGUCAUCAUCAGCAGUUCACACAUCCACAACAGAUUCAGAUCUCCCAAAAGACAUUCAAAACUUUGUGUCCGAACAUUUACAUGAUAGUGAUAUAUCGACAAUUUUGUCACCAAAACAAGCACUUGCUACCUCCAUUGCAGAGGAUAUUCUCGCUCAAUUCACUGCUGAAUCUAGUCCCUCAUCAAAGUUACAUUCCAAAGUGUCUCAGGAUAUACCUCAAUCUAAGGAGGAAAAACAUUGUGAUAAUAGAACUGUGGCCAUUCCAAAGGAAUUACUCCCACCAUCUUGUCCAUUGUCAAUAUCAAUGAAAGCUUACGAAAUUCUAGCAGCAACUAAAGGUCAAGGUAAACAUGGAGUGACCAUCAGUAUGAUGGGAGAUGGAAUACCUAGACCUCCUCCUUCACCAUUUCCUCCUUUGCCAAAAGACAGACUCAACCCUCCAACACCUAGUGUUUAUUUAGAUACAAAGAAAGAUGCUUUUUCAUUAGAACUUCAACAAUACUGUUACUCUCAGCCAGUGGUAGUGAUACGAGGGUUGGCAGGAGCUUUGAAAUUAGAUUUAGGUCUGUUCUCAACAAAAAGUUUGGUAGAAGCUAAUGCAGAUCAUCCUGUAGAAGUCAGAACACAGAGACAACAAGCUCCAGAUGAGAAUCGUGAUAGCUAUGGGAACAAACUCUGGCGGUGUGAUAGUAGCCGAGGACUGACAUCAAUAGCUAAAUAUGCUCAGUACCAAGCCUCAUCAUUCCAGGAGUCUCUAAAGGAGGAGCAUGAUAAAUCUAAAGGGAUCCAUCGAGAUUCUGACAGUGAUUCAAACUCUUCCACUGGACCUAAAGGAAAGAAGAAAUUUAAGUAUAUAAAAUUUGGUACAAAUGUUGAUCUGUCAGAUGAAAGAAAAUGGAAGCCACAACUACAGGAGUUGAUGAAAUUACCAGCGUUCUGUCGCGUUGUGUCUGCCAGCAAUCUCCUAAGUCAUGUUGGACAUACAAUAUUGGGUAUGAACACUGUGCAGCUGUAUAUGAAAGUUCCAGGAUCACGAACACCAGGACAUCAAGAAAACAACAAUUUUGGUUCCAUAAAUAUAAACAUAGGACCAGGAGAUUGUGAAUGGUUUGGUGUACCGGAUAAUUAUUGGGGUGUUAUACAAAAUAUGUGUGAAAGAAAUAAUCUGAAUUAUUUGACUGGUUCUUGGUGGCCUAUAUUAGAAGAUCUGUAUGAAGAAAAUGUUCCAGUGUACAGGUUUAUCCAGAAACCAGGUGAUUUGGUAUGGGUUGGAUGUGGUACAGUUCACUGGGUCCAGGCAGUGGGAUGGUGUAAUAAUAUUGCCUGGAACGUAGGACCAGUUAAUCACAAGGCCUAUCAGAUGGGCAUAGAAAGAUACGAGUGGAAUAAGCUACAGAAUUAUAAAUCUAUUGUUCCCAUGCAACAUCUCUCAUGGAAUAUAGCCCGUAAUUUACAAAUCUCUGAACCAACAUUCUUUGAAUUGGUAAAAACUGUGUUGAUGAGAUCUAUGAAACAGAUUCGAUUGACAAUGGAUUUUGUAGAAGCCAUGGGGAAAGACAUCAAAUGGCAAGGACGAUCUGAUAAUGAGGCUGCUCACUACUGCAAUAACUGUGAUGUUGAAGUGUUUGACAUUUUGUUUGUGAUGGAACAAGAUCGUAAAUAUGUUGUACAUUGUAUGGAUUGUGGUAGAAAAAUAAGUAAUAUAUUGGAAGGCUUUAUCAUCCUCAAUCAAUACAGACUAGAAGAAUUAUGUGAUGUCUACGAUCGCUUCCAACUCUCAUGUCAUUUGCCAACGGCAUCAGUGUGAUAAAUACCCUGGCCUGUCAUGACAGAAACUAUAAGAAGACAAGUAGCCUUGUAUAAACUGUUGAUAAAUCCUUACCUUCUGUCAGUGCAGACAUAUAAAACUUGUCCCUUUACUUCACAGAGCAUCACUAUUGUAUUAUGUGUCAAUAUCAGUUCAUUGUUUGCUAUUUUGGGUGAAUUAUCAUUUCAACAGAACAAUUAUUAACUAAAAAAAUUGUCAGCCAUUAUCAAAUUAACUUAAUUUAUUAACCUACUAAUGCCUCUGGUUGUUAAUUUUUAACCACUGUGAAUUUUGUCCGUUUAGAAUUUACAUAUAUAGAUCUGCUAGUGAUAGAACAAAUAAACUAUGUCCGAACUAUUCAGCAAGCAUUCCUACAUUAUAAUGGUCAUUGUUCAUCUUUGUAUAAACUCUAAAAAACAACUACCGGUUCAGAAGGAAAAGUGCCCACUUGGGAAAGUUUGUUUUGUAUGAUUGAUUAAGUCAUCAGUAUUGAAUACAGGAGUAAAACUUUAGAGUAAUAAAAACAGAUUAUUUUCAUUAACAUACUACCACCUAGUAUUGUAUAAGGCCAAGUAUAUUUAUAUCCUAUGCAAAUUAUCAAAAUAAGGAUCAUUAUAUUAUUUUUAUAGAUCAUCAUUAUACCUCACAAUUUGUUACCAUGGUUACAUAAUGUAUGAUCAUAUUUCUGUUCAAAUUCCCAUCCAGAAUGAACAUUAAAAUUGGUGCAUGAGUUGAAUGAUUGAUCUGUGGCAUAUCAGCUAAUCAGAUAUUUAAAGGGAAAAAGCACUUGAAAUCAAAUAAUUGUCAUAAAAAAAAGAAAAGAAAAUAGCAUCUGUUUGUUACAUCCUACAGUACUGUCAUAAAUAAAAGAAAUAAAAGAAUAAAUGUAUGCUGAUCAUAUUACUAAAAUUCCAAACAUUAGAAGCAGAUAAUUUGUGCAGGUUAACGGAAUUACUCACAGCUUUAUGAAAAAUAGUCAUCUAUAAAUAAUUUUUAUUUAUCAGGUUUGAGAUGCUUUUGAUGUGAGUGGUUAUCAUAUUUAUCAUACCCCAUCAUAUUUUUGUGUUGUUAGGCAGGGAACUGUGGGAUGGUUUGUUGGAAUGGAAAAGGACAAUAGAUUUUAUUUUUGAUAAAAAAUUUCCCUCAAAAAGUAUUAGAAAUGCUAUACUAAGGCUAUAGUACUCUACCUUUUUAAUUAAUGUCCUUCAGCUUGCUUUAAUAUUUUUUGACAACAGGAAAUUUCUGUUUUCUGAAUUCCUAAAUGCUAUAGAAAUGGAUAUAUUAGUUGUAAAUGGACAUUCUCUCAGGUAUUUUAUGAAUCAGAACCGUUUUCCAUUCCACAAACCAUCACAUUUAUAACUUAAUUGAUCUCAAUUUCAUUGUAAUUAUCAUCAGGAGAUUUAUAUUCAAAUUUUAUUAUAAUUUAUUUAAAAACAUGUAUGUUUAUUAAAUUACACUGUGUAUGGCUUAUUUAUUUAUAUUUUAUAUUGAACAACACUUGGUUUAUUUUUCUUGUGGUAAGACCACAAUUGUGUUUAGCUGUGGAGCUUUGGUCAAUUUCUGAAAAUUAAUAGAUAAGGAAUAAAUGGGUUUUGCAACAAAUGUGCUUUUUUUCUAAAGAAUUUUUCAAUUGGUUAUAGAUGUGUGGUAUUCAUAAUUUUUGUGAAAGGUUUUAUAUGAUGAACAUUUUUUUAUGAGGAAUUGACAAUUUUGAUGGUUUGUUUUAGGUCAAUUGUGUGGCUUUAUUUGAACCUGGCCGGAUUGCCAAGGUAGUUUGUUAGUAUUGAAUAAUGGAAUUGUUUGGAUCGUUAUAAAUGUAACUACAAUCCUUCCCAUAAUAAAGAAUGGUGUUAAUAUUCUAUAAGUUACAUUUCAGUAAAGUCAGAUAUAACUACAUAGUACUAUAUCUUAUACAACAUUUGAUUAUCACAAUCACUUUAAACAAUGUUUUAUAGUUUAGUUCACAAUGUGAAACUGGAAUGGCUGAUUUUAUUUGAUAAUGAUAGCUGAAUAAAAAGUAUAAAAUGUAAGAAAGUAUUUAACAAAAAAGAGUUCGAGAUCAGUAAACAUCACAUCAAAUUCGACAUGUUACAUGUAGAAGUAUAUUUCUCACCCUCUUAUUUAACACAUAUGGACUGAAAUGUUGUCUUAAUAUUCCAACCUCCCAAGCAAUUGACUAGAUAAUUGGAGGUGGAAGUCUUACCCUCGCUAUCAGGUUUUAAAUAUUUUUAUAUCUUUAUCUUGGGAUAAUUCCAAAAAUUGAAACUUUUCAAAUUUUGAUAUUAAAAUGUUUUAGCUUAAAGAAAAAGGUAAGGUUAUCAAUUAAUAAAUGUUAUACAUGUAUAUAACAUGUCAUGUGAGAAAGUUAUACAUGUAUAUAACAUGUCAUGUGAGAACAAGAGAUAACAGAACUUUACAAAUACAAAACCUACAAUUAACGAAAUAGAUAGGUUUGUUUGUUAUAUAAUAAAUCAAAAUAAGGAGGAGGUGUGUUGUUAGAUUGAAAUUUAUUUUUUGUUAAUAUGUAAAUUUAUUGAGGUAGUCAUACUUAAUGUAUGACAGAAUGUAAAUGGUGUACAUAUGUGUUUUUUAGAUGUUUGAAGUGAGCUAUUUUUAGGAUUGGUGUAAUUGUUAAUGUGCUAAAUAUAGUAACAUGUUGGCUGAGUUAAUAGUAACUACCUGUGUAUAUUUGUUUCCCCUGUUAAACUCUGAUUGUGAUCUAUGGUGCUUUUUGUUAUACAAACAUUUCAUAUGUAAACUAAAUGUUCAAUCUUAUUCCCCAACACUUACAAGUGAAAUUAAAUAUACCUUGUGAGAAAGCAGCGAAAUAGUUUUAGUAUUGAAACUAUUUGCCAAGUGGUCUAAGUAGUUAAACUACUGUAUCACUAGCCUGUCAACAUUGAGGCUGUGAAUUUGAACCCUGCACAUAGCAGGUGUAAUAGACUCCAAUCUUAAUUGACUGGGAUUGUCAGUUUUCCAGGUGAAGGUCGUGAUUCUCUCUGUACACUGUGGGUUACUCCUUCAAUUAAAACUGGCCGCUACGAAAUAGCCAAUAGUGCUUAAAGUGGCAUUAAAACACCAAAAAUAAUCAAUCAAUCAAUCUGUUUCACUUUAUUGUCUUAGUAAUUUUUUAAUUGAAAUUGAGGAAGAUGUAUUAAAUAUUUUGCUCAGAGCUUUAAAAUUGAAAAAUUUCUGUUUCUUUAAGAAUAUUUGAAAUACUGACAUUUUACCUGAUAAGAACAAAGACUUUCUAUCCUUGUUUUAAACUUUCUAUGAAAGAGGGGCCAAAAGGAAGAUAUUCAUCUUUUUCCUGCAAAAUAAGUUUUCAAACGUGUUUUCCAUGACUUUUCAUUGAUCUUUGUAAAUAUUGUAUUUUUUUGUUGUUGAUCAGAAUGAAUGGUUGACUUUGCUAAACAGUUCAAUUGUUUAUAGUUAUCAUGCAAGACCAAAAUCUGGCUUCAUUGAAAAACCAGAGGAGUCCAGCAAACCAUUUACUGUUUAAUUGGAGAAAAUAAUUUGUUGUUUCCAUGGAAACAAUAUUUUAUUCUUAGAUAAAAUUGUUUCUUUAUUUAAUACUAAUAUAGAAAAAAAAUUGUAGAGUACAAAUUAAAUUCGAUUUUUAAAAUCAGGUUGACUGGAAAAAUUUUACAUUUCCAAAUAAACAGUAAAACAUUAUUCUCCAAAUGAUUUUGUCAUCAUUACUUUGGGAUUAUAUGCCAGAAAUAUGUUAUUAGCGUGAUCUCAAUAGUGUACUCAUACAGUGUAAAUUAAUGUUUAACUUAUCUUGUUUUACCUCACAUCUCAGCUUUGUUUGGCCAUGAUAUAAAAUAUUUCUAAUUCUUGUUUAUCAUCCCCCUGUGGUCAAUAGUACAUUAUAUUCACAAAAUAAAAAAUAAUCCACAAAAUUAUUAGACUUAGAUGCAGCAAGUCGUUUUAUAUCAAAUAGUUCGGAAUUAUCAUAAUGUUAGAUAAAAACACAUGAAUUUGAUUAAUAAGAAGUUUAUAAAACCUAACCCUGACAUUUUCAUCUUCACUGCUAUAAAGACAUCAUUUAAACUUGUCCAUAGUUAGCUGUAUAAAUGAUGAUUUAGAAACAUUUUUAUUGUGGCCACAUUGAUAAUUAAUGAUAUUUAUACUGUGUUAUAAUAAAACACGCCAAUAUUUCUUA